CAUACUCAUGAAAGCAAGUUGUGGGAGACUAUCUGUAUGCUUCAAUAAUAGGAGAGAACCAGGUAGGAUCAAGGUGAAAUUAUUCAAUUUCAAAACAUGGUUAACUUUUCUUUUUCAUUCGCCUUAGGGGAGGCAAUUUGUGAGAUCGAUCAAGGGGAAAAGUAAAUAUAAUUUUUAAAAUAUGAGUUGUAUUGGUGAGUAAUUAACGGGUGAACGUUAAGUCUUCGUUGACAGAUGUUUCAAAUCUUUUGUUUAUAACUAUUGCGCAUGACUUUCCUUAAACAUCUUCUGGUUUAAAUGUGAAAUGUCUUCGUACGUACAGAACAUUUAUAGCAUAUAUACCUUAUAUCUACUUUUUGGAAAUGAAAGUUGAAACUCUCAAUUUUCUCUCCUUUUUCAAAAUUAUCUUUUCAAUCGUAAUGUUCCGGGAUGACGAUACAACAUUCGACAAGGAAUACAGAAAUCGUGCACCAACUCGUGCAUGUAUCAAUUACACGUACGUUAUGAAUUCAGUGCUUUUGAGUUAGAUAGUCAAACGAAUAGACGCCGUCUUGCUCCGUGAGUUUAAUCUUCGUGAUAAAUUGUAUCUCAUGUGCACGAGACCUCAGCUGGUUGCGACACCUGAUUAGAUUCUAAACCUGAGUGACGGAUACAGAUGUAUUGUUGAUGAGCCAGUCCGUAGACUCCUGAAUACACUCUAAUCUGACACGCAGAUGCCGAAUUAAUUUUCAUGAUGAUGUGGAGAAUCAAGCCUAACUGACAUCUAAAUGGCAGUUCUGCGUUAAUCACUGUUGAGCUUUUGUCAACCCGUUCCACUAUUUCUAACCGUUUAUCUCCCGAGAUCCAAUAAGUUAUUGUCACCAAUGACUACCAUACAUUUCCUUAUGAAUUACAGAUGAAAAUGUGAUGUUAUAAUAAGAUAAGCUUGUCUGUUCCCACAACUUUUUUGUGAGAUAACUUAGAGGGGAGUGCAGGUAGGGGUACCAUGCUUACAAUCACCACUGGGAGUUAAAUGGAUAACAGCAGAUCAAAUCUACAUUUCUGUCUGAUGUUAGAAUGGAAGUAAGGGUAGUUGGUUUUGUUCUUAUGCUGGUUGUCCAUGUCUGAAAUGAUGUAUGCAAUAUGCAUAAAAUCUGAUACAAAAUCACACAACUAUUUUCAGUUGUUCAAUUGAACAGUGCACUUAUAAUCUGACUGUUUCUGAUGGUAAGAAUCUACUGGGAGGAACAUAAUUUUUUGAAGUACAUAAAGGAAAAUUUGAAAUCUUAUAAAAAAAGGAAAAAGCAAAAUUAAAUUUUUUUUAUGGUGGAAGCUCAACACAGGUUUCAUGUGGCAAGAUUGCUUAGUUUUAAUGUCCUCCUUUCAAUAGUGCAAGUGAAUGAAGGAGUACAGGCUCAUUUUUUGGUUAUGAGGGUAAAUUAUACAUGUAAAUUAAGUAGUAUAAACAUGUGCGUCAAUUCUUAUGUAUAUGACUGUAUAAAUGUGUUAUGUUUCCAGAUGCAGUACAAUGAGCUUGUCCUUCAAGAUUUUGUCAUUGAGAGUUCUUAUUCAUUAUUGUAUGCUGAUUGGUGGAGAAGCUGUUCAUUCAUAUAGCAGCUGUGAAGGUAGACUGUUUUCUAAUCAAUUUUUUCAGCAUUUUUGUUUGAGGUUUUAGAUCAUCGUGUGUGAAGCACAAUGUAGCACAAGAGUGUCAUGAGGACAAACAUCUUCCUUUAACCAAUUUAUGGACAAAGAAGGAAACAAUUUGCCUUUAUUUAUGAUGCUUUUAUGUUACCUAUAAAGUUUGCACUCUGUGCUUGUGUUAAAUUAAUUGCAACAGUGGCAAAGUGUGACACAAAAGUCAGGCAGAAAAGUUGAGAAGUCAUAUACAUUCCAGCAGGCCUAGGUCAAACCAAGGAAAAAAACAUAGAAAAAGGUACUGCCAAACAAUGUGAAACUCCUGCUGAAAAUGUUAGGGUUAGGGUCAACCACUUGAAAACAGAAGUGGGUCAACAUGUAUUCUGACUUAAAACUAGUCUUCAUAACCCUAAAACUCAUUCAAGAAAACUUUUCAGAAGGGGAAAAACAAUUUCCAUGAGAUUAUGAACAUCCACAAGCUCAAUUACUGUGCAAAAAAAAGCUUCUCUUGAUUUCUGGAAGAUAAACCCUUUGUAUAUAAUGUUAUUUGACUGUGUAGACCAUCCAUUAAAUUUUUCUCUUCCAUGAAAGGCUUUCCUGAAUUUUUUUGAACACUGUUGUAACAUGUGUUUUAUAAAUAUUUGCCUGACUGUGUUCUGUUACCCAAACCUUCAUUCUGUCAAAUACAUGGGGCUUUAAUCCAAAAUACAACAAACACAAUUCACACAAACAUCUGAAACCUUUUGUGUUCCCUGCAUGACAGGUAGAUCAAGCAUGUGGCAUAGAUAAUGCUUUUUGUCUUUCAUAAGUGCACUUUCAAGCACAGGGCAGUGUUAAGAAGAUGACAAAUUUAUAUUUGGUGAUAAAAAUUUGACAAAAUAGUACUUAUUGUUCAAGGGAAAUGGUGUGCACCCAAGGGGUAAAUGUUUGCACAGACUUUUACUUCAACUUUUGGUUGCCCUCACACAAAGAAAGGAAUUUGUACAUUUGUUUUCACCUCUUUUGCAAUUGGAAUGGGUAUUUUAACUACAUCAAGGAAAUGAUUAAAUGCAAGAAUUUCUCACUUACUUAUAUCAUUGCCAUGGCUUUUGAUUUAAAAGGUGUUUGCAGAAUACAUGGUCUUAUAACUGAUUACAUAAGAACCAUAUACUAUGUUAGAAAGCUUUCUUCUUCUUUUUGUAUUUAUAUUUAAUGACUGAACAAAGAAAACAAUAUGCACAUGCAGUUGUAUACAUGUAUACUCCCAGAACCUGAAUUCAACUUAUUAUAAGCCCAAAAUAAGAAAAUAAAACAAUAUAAUUUUCUAGGCAGUUUUUUUGUGUUCUAUUGAAUGUCUGACCUGUCAAAUUUAAGGAAUACCUCUGUAGUACCAGCCCUCUUCAACAGACACCCAUGUAAAUAUUUCAGUAUUGGCCCCAGAGAGCAAAUACAUAAUAUAUAUAUAUAGUAAGGUAAAUACAAAUAGAGGGGCCAGGAGUUACUGUUAUUUGCUGUCAGUUAUUGUUACACAAAGAUAAAAACUCUUUAAUUACUGAGACUAAGCUGCAGCAAUAGUUCAUUCAAUGAAAUGUACAUACACUUUAAUAUUGUUUUAAUAUCUAGAAUUAAUAGUUGCAAGAGUUGUCAUAGCCUCACCAUCAGAUACUAUCAAUCAUCAUUUAUUUCAGUUAACUAAGAACUUCUGAAACUGUCAACAUUAUUAUUACCAACUUUUUAAAAGGCUCUAUUAAAAAUGUUUGUUAUAAAUUAUAUCUUGCUGUGGUUACUGUUACGGCACUUGGAAACCAUUGAAAUUUGCUUUUUAGAAGAACUUUCCAAGGUGCACUAUACUGGUGACUGUUUUGUUUUUUGUUAGACAGUGUCAUUAUGAAAAUGAUAAACAUGGAUGGAGGAGGUUUGAAUUAUACUGUGCUUUUUUUUCAGGGUGUGCCAAAUUUCAUUCAAAUGGAACAAAUGUAGAUGAAAUACUCAUUGAUGAAAGAAAUAACCGAUUGAUUGUUGGUGCCAAGUAAGUGAACAGAGAUUAAUCUGUUUUGAUUGUUCAUCAUAACAAUUAUUUACAUUUUAACAAGUCUUAUUUGUGUGAAGUAUACACUGUACAUAAAAACAAGUUUAAUCAGGACUUAUUGUGAUAGUCAAGCCAAGCUUUCCUUGACCCCUUCUUGUUUUGCUCUUUGUUACUCUAACUACAUGUAUGAAAAGGGUGUGUACCAGGGCAGGAAUCUGCCUUGAUACUCAAGUAUUUAUUAUGCAAGGGAAAAAGGAGGUUUGCUUUAGGCUUUAUCAUCAAUUGCAGUUACUUUAGAUGAAAGUGUCAUACAGUUGAGGAUCAUAAAGGGCUUCAAAUAAUUGAGGAAUGGUGCUAGUCAUAUUGUCUGCUCAAACAAUUUUUUUAUUCUCAAUUAGAUACAUGUAGCCUUAACCAAGAUUGCAUAGUACAAGCUACACAUACAUUUAUAAAUAUCUUUGAAGGAAAUAACCCCACACAAGUGGGGUUUCAGGGAUCUGUUAUAUCUAUCAAAUAUUUUAUGCAAAUAACAGAUAAGCCUACCUCACGUUAUAUGGCUUACCCUGAGUCAGCCAUUUUGGAAACAGUUUGGAAUAUUUCAGGUCUCACAGUGAGUUGUAAGAGACUCUUGGACUCUGCCUUACACAUGUAUGUUUCUGCACAUUCAGGAUUCAAAAAUUAAAGUGGAAGCCUAAUUUGUAACAAAGAAGUGUUUGCCCCCCUAGAAGUCAGAAACUUCUGUGUGAAUUGAGGUGUCUGAUGAAAGAAGAGACAAUUAUAUUUAAGAUACUGUAGUAAGCACACUUUCAUUGGUUGAUUGGUGUGUUUGUAUCUUCAUUUGUCAAAGUAAUAAUGGUAAAUAUUUUAUAAAUGGAUACAGGACUUUUUCCCAUGUUCACUUUACCCCAUCCAAACACUUGGGGGGCUGGGAGAACUUCCCUCAUUGUUAGAUGAGGCUAUGUAAAUCUAGAGGUAGUCCUCGAUUGCUUACAUUACAAAUAUUCUCUGCCUUUUUCCCUCAGAAAUUUACUGUUUAGACUUGAGCUAACUACAUUGCAGUUACCAUCAGUUCAAAAUGAUGUAAGUAUGUAGUUAGUGAGAGGUACAUUGUAUAGUGAAAACCUCGUAAUAUUUACUUUUAAGCUCAUUAUGUUUUUCCUUAAUUAAAAAUUCUUCAGAGAGGUGAACAUUGCCUGAGAAAUUGGAAUUUGACCUUCCUCCAAACUCCAGCUGUAUGUGAAAAGUGCAUGAUGAAAGAUGAAUGUUGUGCCUCUUCCCUAGGUUUAAAAUUUAUUCCUAUCACAUCUUAUGCAAAAAACCUGGUGGGAUAUUUAAUAAGCAUAGUACAUUGAAAAAUCUUUUUCCUUGGCUAGGAUGCAUUUCGUUUAUGCCAGUCUAUAUUUGUUUGCUUGCUGUGUAGUUUUGUAAAUGUUUUGAAAUAAUCAAAGUGGGGAAACUCCUAGUUUCUUACCCAGAUCCUACUUGUGUGAGUGAAUGGUAAGAUUUGGCAAAAUUUGAUAGAAGAUCAUUUCUCAUUAGCUAAUUGAUAAAAAUUUUAUCUGCUCUUGCAUUGGUACAUGGAAAAAAAAUGAACUGCUAACCAAAGCAAGAACAGAGAUGUGUGGGAAACCAACAGUAAAACUAUUCACCAGCUAGAAUCAAUUGUGUGGUGAUCUCAAACAAACAAAAUAUUGCAAGAAUUUUGGGUUUCUUAUGCUGUUUUAUCAUGCUUCUCCCUCUUCAAUGAGUUGAUAUCAUUUACUUUCAGACUCUUGCACCAAAAUUCACCAAUGCUGAGGCCUAACUGUCACUUAUUGGCAAAUCUCUUUCAGCUACCCAAAAUAUUUAAAUCAAAGAACAGAUAAAUGUUUGAACUGCAAGAUACGUAAAAAAAUUGACCUCUAAAAGUUCACAGUAACCUCAAAUAAAAGUGGCUCCAUUCCUUAUUUUAAGAAACUUCUCAAACAUUGUUUAUGUAAUUGAUAUGAUAUACUUUUUAAAGUGACGUACAUAUGUAUUGUAUAUCUCAUGUGUGAAUUAUAAUUUGUGUUUUGGGAUCCUAUUGUAUUUUAUAUUUUGCCAAGGAAUCUUCAUUCCACCACCUCCUUUAGUGCCUCACUUUUAUCUUAGGUUUCAAUGUGAGGUUUAGAUAUCUUUUAGACUCAUUACAAAUAAAAACUUGAAAGUGAUUGGACAGAAGUUAAUUCAAACUAUGCCAGCUUGGUUAAAAGAGGUUUGGGUAUGAGUCACUGAAACCCUGAAACCUUUUUCUAGUGGUUGAGGUCCAUUUUCAAAGAAAUACGCUGAUUUCAAGGAUUUUUCGUCAUUGAUAACAAUACAAAUCUUUAAAACAGAUGUUGUUGAUUACAUUUUAUGAUUUUACCAUAAUUCAGAGAGUAGCUCUACACCCAAGUCAGGAGGCAUUGGAGGCAUGCUUAAGCCUGGGACAAGGCAAGGUAAGCAAUGUGUGGAGGAGCAUUUGUUAAUUUAUCACACAUUACUCCGGUGACUAACGAACUGAUGUUUUGUUGACUCAAUCCAAAGUAAAUCAUAAAUAAACAAUGAACGAAGCUAAAAAGAUGCAUAUAAAUUAUAAACAAAUAGAGGAAAUAGCAAAAAAAAGAGCAAUUUGUGUGCUUUAAAAGGCAAAAUAAAGGAGACUAAAACUUUAUGACAUUUAGUAGCAAAAGAAACUGGUUUUAUCAAAAAACAAAGACCCUUGAAACCUAAGACCUAAGAUACAAACCCAGACCCAGAUACAAAACCCCUUAAUUUUAUUUAUUUAACUUAGUCUUGUUAUGGUUUCUCUUUGGAAAUAUCCAACUCCAGUUUAAUCUUUCCAAUAGUGAUAAAGCAUGCAAUCAAACACGGGUUCUACAUGAAAAGACCUUGAAAACCUGAAGACCAAAAAUUUUCAAAAUAACGUGCUAACUUUGAAAUAGCUUGUUCUUUUGCUAUUAGAAAGAUUUAAACCAGAACUGGAUAUUUCUGGUGGGAAAACACAACAAGAUCAUGUUAAAUGAAGGAAAAUUAAAAGGGGUCUUCCUUUUUUGGGUUUUAUUUUUCUGGUCUUUGUUUUUCAGGUCUUAAUUUUUGGGUUAUCAGUUCAUUUCCAGGUCUUCAUUUUGGGUCUUAGGUCUUACAUGUAGGUCUAAGCAUUUCAGGGAUCUUCAAAAGAAAUUAAGUUGCAUAGAAUUGCUUUCAACAAACUUAAGCCUUGCAUUCAUAAUGUUUAAGUGUAGAAAUUAAACUAAAGUAUGCAAGUAAUGUUGCACAGGACAUGAUAAAAUUAUUGAGUAUAUUGAAGGAAAAAUUAAUUACCUUGGUGCUGUAGCCAUUGAUAUGUUAUGCUUCAUCUUAACAAAAUACAAUAUAGAGGAUUCAAUAUAGUACUUCUCACACUUACAUGUAUCAUUUUAGAUUUCAUCUAAAUUCAAAUGAUUAGUUCAGAAACAAUCUCUGGCUUUUUUGUUGUGUAGAAAUGUAUGGUUACCUUAGUAAUGGAACCAAGUGCAAAGUGCCUGUAUUUUUGCUUAUUUAAAGAGGAUUGAUCACAGAAUCUCAUUCCCCAUGUUGGGUUUUUGGGAUAAACUUGCAUUUUGUAAUGCCUUUUUUAUUGUUUAAGUAAUGUAUGUAAUAGCCAUGUUUAUUUCGUUUUCUGGUAACAGAAUGUGACAGUGUACUUUUAAUUGGUUUUCUUCAACCAUUGGGAAGCAUGUAGGACAAUAUACUUUCUUUUUCAACAAAAUACUGUAUCAUGCACAUAGCCUUCAACUUGCAUUAUUUGGAGAAAUAUGGUAUUUACUCAGUCAAUAAUGUGGGUUAGCUCCAGUAUAUGCUCAGUGCUUUUGUUUAUUUUGUCAUAAGUAUACCUGUUAAUUUAAGUUUGUUUACUUGACCUCACAUUCAUGAAACACUCCUAUGAAAAUUAUUGAAUGCACAUUUUUCAUGCUGCUGACAUUUUCUUUCCUGUAGGGCAACUGCCAAAAUUAUAUAAAGUUGAUACUCUUUGACCAACAAGAAAAUAUUUUUGUUUGUGGUACUUAUGCAACUGCACCAAAGUGCUGGAAAUUCAAGGUUAGUAGUGUUAAUAUGCUGUACACUGUACCUUGGCUGUACAAAAUACAGUGUCAACUUUAAAAAAAAUUGUUGUGAAAUAUUUUGCUUUAAGACAUUACUUAUGGGUUUUACUUUUAUUCAAACAUGUAAUAAUAUGAAGUAGUACAAUGGUACUAUAUCAAAGGAAACCUUUGCAUAUUUCAGCCCCAAUUCCAUAUAAUAUUUCUCUGUAAGUCAAAAGUGAUAAUAGAGCAGCAUCCAGCUACAAGGGCACUAAAGAUCUUAUAUAAAGCAAUUACAGUGUACCAUGUUCAUCAUUGCUAUGAAUAAAUUUUGUUGUUUGAUUACCAAACUUGUCUUGACCUCAAUGGUAGUAUGCCAAGCAAGAAGAAUGCUUAUUAUUAAAACCAUGGCCUUGUCAUUGACUGCUCUAUCAUUGUGCAGCAAUGACUUAUAUCAUAUUUUGCCAUGAUUUGAAAUGAACUUGAGAAGACAAAGACAUUACUUGACAAUUUGUUUGCUUGCUUCUUAACUUCAUCACUCUACCCUUCCAUUCGUGGACUUUCAGCAAGUCCAUACAUUUUUAUUUAAGGCUUGCACAUAUUGGUUCCAUGUGAAGGGUCUCGAUGGGGCCAAUAGCUGAUAGCUGAGAAUUGGUCCAAAUUUUCACAAUCUGCUAAGAAAUAAAGCAUAUAUACCUGAUAGUUGAGAUCUGAGAUAAGCACUUUUUUGCUGAGUGAAAAAAAAAAUGGAAAUUAAAGCUGUAUACAUGCAUGUUUGGUUUACACAUGAUUAGUUCUCAGAGAGAUAUACCAUUCUAUAUCAUGUGCAGUCAGAGGGGAGAUCUUUUCAAUGGAGGAUUUUACUCAAGAAUAGGUUCAUGGACAGAUUUUAAUGAGAUUUCUAUUUUCUAGUGGUAAUGGGGUUGUAAAGACAGUUGGCUUUUCUUGAACUAAAUCAUUCACAUCUGAUACCCUCAUUUCAUGCUUAUAGAUCUUAUAAUAAAUUGAUUCAUCUAUGAUUCUUAUUACAGAGUUGUGCAAUAGAUAUUGUUUGACAAAGGUGGAAAUUUUGGAGAGUCUUUUAAAUUAGUCACCAAUAACAAUAAUCGCCAAUAAUAUUACCUCCAAAUUUUUCUCACCAAAGAUCUAACAAAAAUUUCUUUUUUCCCCUAUUGUUAAAAUCUAAAAUGAUAUAUUUUUUUGUUCUAAAAUAGAUUUUAGUGUUUGGUAGAAGUAUGUGAUAUCAGUCAUUUCCAGCUUCCUUCAGUGAGAUUUACUUCUCCAAAGAAAACAAAAUAAAGAAAUCAUAAAGUUGUCUAAUAAUUUCAUGGUUUGAAUGAAGUGAUGACAAGAGGUGUAUUGUUUAAAAGGUUGCUAAUUAAGCACUUAAGAGCAGCAAAUUCCCCAGAUCAAAAACCAGGAUGGUUGCAUGAUUUUUUUGACAAGUUUUUGGUAUUGUAAAUUUUUUAUUAUUUUGAUAACCCAGUUCCAAGAGCCUUCAUCUGUGAUUUUUCUCAAUGGAAGUUUUCAGUGGGGAUUAGUUUUUCUUGCCUACCUGCCUUAAAUCACUUAUAUUUUUUUCAUUUACAGCUUUAGCACGGUAACCAGUCAACUCGCCGACGGACCAACUCGCCGACGCUAACUCGCCGACGUUUAAAAUCGAGUAGAGACGUCGGCGAGUUGGUCAUCAAUCCAAUACAACUUAUUAGAAGUUAAAAAUAUAGAAAAGUAAACGAUAUUUAGUAAAAAAAACACUGGUGAACAUUGGUGAACAUCUAACAGAAGCUUAAACAUUGGUGAACAUUGGUAAACAUCGCCAAUGACUAUAACAGCUUAAGACGCGAACGAGUUAUUGUGCGACAACAUCACCGUAAAGACUCAUCAUGUCAAUCGCUCAGAUUUUUUAACGAAAACUUGGCUUUCUAGACAAGAUCUUUAGUAGAGAGCAUUUCUUUUUAUUUGCAACAAAGUUUAUAAGGAUCUCAAGGCGAAAAAAGGGAAGUAAACAUCACCAAUGACUCAAACAGCUUCAAACGCGAACGAGUUAUUGUGUGACAACACUGUAAAUACUCAUCAUGACAAUCGGUCAGAUUUUUUAAGAAAACUUGGCUUUCUAGAUAAGAUCUUUAGUAAAAAGCAAUUCUUUUUAUUUGCAACAAAGUUUAUAAGGAUCUCAAGGCGAAUAAAGUAAAGUAAACAUCACAAUGACUCUAACAGCUUCAAACGCGAACGAGUUAUUGUGUGACAACAACACUGUAAAGACUCAUCAUGACAAUCGGUCAGAUUUUUUAAGAAAACUUGGCUUUCUAGAUAAGAUCUUUAGUAAAAAGCAAUUCUUUUUAUUUGCAACAAAGUUUAUAAGGAUCUCAAGGCGAAUAAAGUAAAGUAAACAUCGCCAAUGACUACAUCCGCUUCAGACGCGAACGAGUUAUUGUAUGACAACAACAUCGUAAAGACUCAUGUUAAUCGCUCAGAUUUUUUAACGAAAACUUGGCUUUCUAGACAAGAUCUUUAGUAAAAAAGCAAUUCUUUUUAUUUGCAACAAAGUUUAUAAGGAUCUCAAGGCGAAUAAAGGGACGUUAACAUCGCCAAUGAACAAAAUUGGCUGUAGACGCCAAUGAGUUGUGUGAGUCAUUGGUGAUGUUUACUUCGCUUUAUUCGCCUUGAGAUCCUUACAAACUUUGUUGCAAACAAAAAGAAAUGCUUUUUACUUACUUACUUUUUACUUUUUUUUCGUCUAGAAAGUCAAGUUUUCGUUAAAAAAUCUGAGCGAUUGACAUGAUGAGUCUUUACGGUGUUGUUGUCGCACAAUAACUCGUUCGCGUCUUAAGCUGUUAUAGUCAUUGGUGAUGUUCACCAAUGUUCACCAAUGUUUAAGCUUCUGUUAGAUGUUCACCAGUGUUUUUUUACUAAAUAUCGUUUACUUUUCUGUAUGUUUAACUUCUAAUAAGUUGUAUUGGAUUGACGACCAACUCGCCGACGUCUCUACUCGAUUUUAUACGUCGGCGAGUUGGCGUCGGCGAGUUGGUCCGUCGGCGAGUUGACCGUAAUUCUUUAGCACAGCAUCCUCUUAAACCAUGUGAUUUAUUUAUUUAUUUCAAUUUUUUUGGGAAUAGGUAGAUGUAAAACAUUGUAGUAGGUAGAUGUUAAGUUAGUACCUGUAUAUAUACUUAAAUUAUUUUAUAACUUGUAAUUCCUGGUGAUUUAACUGUGUAAGCAAAGUUGACUUGACUUCUUGAAGCAUUUGAAACUGUGAUCCCUUCAGGAGUAAUUUAAAGGCAUAUCAUUGUUAUAUUAUUAUUUUCAAUUUAUUUGUUAUAAUAAUUACAUUUUCCAAUGAUUUAUACAGAGAAAUAAUUCACUGAAUCCGCAACCUGAUGCAAUCAAUGGAGAUGGAAUAAGUCCAUCUAGUUAUCAAGGCAAGGUGACUGGGAUCUUUACAAGUAUGUAUGCAUGUCUCCUUUGGAAAAAAUUAAAUUACAAUUAAAUUCCCUUCAGAGCUAUGAAUAAGGGCUGGUUGCUGGUCAAAACCACCACUAACUGUAAUCUGCACUCUCUAGCCAGGUACUUUCAGGUAACUUUUCUAGAUGUGCUAUUGAAAUAUAAUGCAAUUAUUGGAAUACCAUCAAAGAAACUCCUUAGCAUCAUUUCCAAAUUUAGUAGUGAGUAUAAUUGAAUGCAUCAUUUAGCAGAAACAUGUUUAGAUAUGUAAUCUGGAUUGGAUCCCUGGAGGGAUCAGGGACAAGAUCACUGAUUGGAUCACAGGUCCAGUCAGGAUUGCAUCACAGAUUGUAAAAAAAAAUUGGAAAAAUCAAAUUGUUUAAAAGCAAAAAAAUAAAAGUGGAAAACUGAAAAAGGUUAAAUAAAAAUUAGAAAUGUUGCAUAACAAGCCAAAAUAUAGUUUGUGUGACAUAAUAGAGUGCAAGCCCCACUGGAAGGUUUUUUUACCCUAAAACCCUGUGUAGUUACUUUCAUGGCUGUGUCAAGGAGUGUUGUUCAGGGCCACCGUGGAUGAAGGCAAGUGAGAGCUAUUUAUCAUUUCAUCAGCCAGUUAUUAUUUAAUAUUAUAUCACUUGCUACUUUUCAUUUAAUCAAUAUCAUGUAGCACACUCUAGAGAAGAGGUGAAAAUUGAGGUGGGUGUAAGAUUGUUUAAGAUAUGACUACAGGAAGCAUGUGAGCAGUUUAUGUGGUCCAUGGUGUACCAUUAACAUUAAUUAGUUUCUUUUAAGAUCAGUCUAGUUCUGAAAUGAGUAUGUAUCUGGUCAGACUUGGAAAAGUCUUCAACUUUCUGAGAAAGAGGAUUAAAAAAAAUGUGGAACUGCAUUUGACUAACUUCUUAGUCAAACUACGAAGGUGAAUAACAUUGAAAAACAUUUAGAACUGUAGCAGAAAAUAUGGAAAGGAUAGGUUCAUGAAUCAGACCAAGGAAAAGAAUAUGAAAAAAUUAAUAAAUGAAAUGAAUAAAUUAGAGAGAAACAUUGAAAUAUAUUAGAUGAAAAGUAAAGAUAUGCACCAAGCCCAAGUCAAAUUCAAGAGGUGAACCCUGAAAUAAGGUGCACAGCGGAUGAAUAAUAGCUUUAGCCAGGGAGUGGGUGAGAAAAUUAUUCUAGAGUGGCCACUGUGAGCAGAAUAUUUUAUUUAAUCAGGUCCAAUAUCCUUCUAGGUUACCUGUGAUUAUAAUAUCAAUGGUAAACUACCAUAAAACAAGUCAAUAUGGUGACAAGCAUGUGAAUUGAAACUUAAUUCUCACUGGAAAAAAACAGAAGAAGUUGUUCAUAUUUAAAAGAUAUAUGGCUGUUUCACAAAAAGUACAGGAAUUAUUUUCAGAUUUAAGACAUAUUGGUAACAUCUAUUGUCUGAACAAUAACGCAAGGUGAGAAUAAACAACAUUAAAGCAAGGCUCAUGUCCAUGAGCUUUCGUACAGUACAGCUCAGAGGUACAUGGCCCAAAAUGCACCAAUAAAGGGUUGAAAAAAGUGUGCAGAUGCGCACAAUUUUUCAAAACACACCCAAACAACACACUCUGAAGAAGCUCAUUAGAAGUAUGAGGUAGUCUUUUGUUUUACCCUUUGUUUAACCUUGAAUGGUGAGUUAGAUUUAUUGACAAAGGAUGGAUUCCAUUGUUGAUGAUAUUACUUGGUUUUGUCCCAUAGUGUUUGGCAUCAAUUCAUUUUUGAAAUGGCUUGACUGCAUUGUGAAGAAAAAGGGAAGGUUGACCUGCUGGAUACCUCUUUAGAAAUACAUGCAUACAUACACUUUAUUUCAUUGGGCUAAUAUCUUUGAGAAAGAAAAAUAUUUAAAUCAACUAAAUUGUUAAAAUUCAUUAGUAUUUGUGUGCGCUGCCUACUUCUGCUCUUACCAAGUGGGUCACCAUUGAACCUGAAUUUACAGGAGACCUUUUACUGAGCAAAUGACAGAAUUUUCUGUCGUGUUUCUCUCUCUGUUUGGUAAACGUCUAUUGUUCUUUUGAAUGGCAGAACUCCUUGACCCAGGAAGUUUUGGAGUUGUUAAUCAAAGAAAAGAGUUCAAUGAAUGAACAAGAGAAUAACGCAUGCAAACACAGUAUGGAACUGUGACAUUCAUCUAUUUGUAACUUCAGAAAAGCCAUGAGCUUGUAUCCUUUAGCAUUCUACAAAGAAGGCUGAAAUCUCAAACUUGAUGGAAGCACAUACACAUGUAGCCAACCAUGCAAUUUGCAUACAAUGGCACCCACUAUCAACAGGUUUUUGGUACAGCUAUGGGUUCCCCCGUCUCUGCUGUCAUUGCCAACAUGAUAAUGGACGAUGUGGAACAAGGGGCCUUUGCCACUUUACUGGUUAAACCCUUUCUCUGGAAAUGAUAUGUCAAUGAUGUUAUUUCUGCAGUAUCCGGAAAUGAAGUAGAGCGCCUCCUAUCACAUUUGAAUUCAGUAGAGCUGUCUCUUCCAUUCACUCUUGAGCAUGAAAAGGAUAGACAUUUGUCCUUUCUUGAUUUAAAUGUGUCCAGAGGGGUUCAGGGGAAUUUAGAGAAAAGUGUCUAUCGUAAACUUACCCACACUGACAAAUACCUGGCUUUUCAAUUCUCACCACCCUAUUUGCCAUAAAAAGUCUGUAGCCAAAACUUUUCUCAGGAGGGCUGACUGUCUACCAUCUUCACUUGAUUUGAAGGCUGAGGAGAGGAAAUACAUUUCUUAUGUCUGAAAGGCAAAUAGCUAUACAAAAACUUUUCUCCAUAACUGCCAAGAACCAGUUACAACUAGUAGCACUCCUGAUGAAAGGGAACCAGCAGUGGUUUAUGAAACCUAUCAAGAGAAUUUUGAAUGGCGCCUUUGUUUGGAAGCUUGGCAUAUUAACCCUGCCCACACUCCUGUAAAUCGCGAUGAUGGUGGCUUACUUCCUGACACCUAUUUACAUCACAUCAGAAAAAAGGCAGCUAAUUAGUGAUCAUAUUAAAGGACCUCUUGUUGCAGUGGUUAGAUCACCCCUGAUGAAGACACUAGACAGGAGUGUCAAAACAUUGGGUCUAUGAAUUGUAACUUUUUCGGUUACAUUUAUUGAAUCUGUAAACCAGAGUAGCAUCAAACUAUGCCUGUAAAUGUCCAAUAAAUCACAUAAGUCUUGACUGUCCAUUGGAGACUUGUUCGGUUUCUUCAUAUCACAGUUGAAGUCACUAAGGAAAAUAAUUAACAUCAUUUGAAGUUCUUGUUACAGCAUCAAAGAUUAAACUUUAUUCAAAUUUCCAUUGACUUUUUGGGAUGUUAGGAGGUUUGUGUAUGCCAGCAAGAGCAAACCAUGAUCUAUUUAUUUUGACUUUCAACAUCAUGGAUUUGAUGCAAAAACUAGACAGGUCCAUAUUGAAACAUGUGAUUACAUGAAAGCAAAUGUCAUUUCUUAAAAAAAUCAUUAGUCCACCCCCAUGAAUAUCUCUAUUGAUGUAAUGCAUAUGAAAACCAUCAACAUUAAAUUGGCCAUUGCCAAAACCAGCAUCUAUCUUCGUCUCUGUUAUGAGAAGUAUGUCGAAUCUUUCAGACCGUAGUCAAGUUCUAAUACCAUGAAAUUUAAAUCCAGUGAUACUGUUAGUGUUUAUGUGCCCAAUCUUGGUAUACACCCGAUAUUUUUUGCUAAAAAAUCAAACGAACUCCAGGUAUCAAACAGUGAAUUGUUCUCGGUGUUGCUUGUAUGAAAAACCCUCUGCUUGUGUCAAACUUGCUUGUAUUUGCAAAUGGUAGCUGUUUUACUUGAUCAAGUGAUGUGCCUGAAUUCCGUCAAACUCAAGUGGUUUUACUUUGCCAUAUUUGAAGUGUUGACACACAUUGCAUUCCACUGCGCAAUGAUUUCUAGCAAUGGUCUUACUGCAGACUGGACAUUUGGGAGGUCCAGGAUUCAUGGAGACAUCACCAUUAAGUACAAUCUGAGUUACUUGAAAAGUGGAUGUCGAAUUCAAAGAGUGAUUCACUUAUCGAGUGAAAAAACCUUUUCUUGAGAAGGGAGUGAAACCAACAUGGCAUCGCUGCAAUCGGACAGUAAUCGCUGAAUGAAACCCAGGCAUUUUAUCAACAGUUAUUCUUGGUGAUGCCUCAAGGCUACCUAUAGAGAAACCUCUGUCUGUUAUCUUUUUCAUAUCAAAGAGAGAGAAGAAGCAAUUGAAGCAGUAAAAAUAAAAUGAAGGAGGAGUGAAUGAUCACACUGUCAACCACCAUCUUGUCAAGGCUUGAUUCCCUGAAAAGCGAAAGCAAACUAAAAAGUGAACAAGAUCAGGAAAUAUCAAGUUAAAUAAAUUUGUUGUGGUAAAAGUUUAUGGCAAGUGGCUAGCAGCAAAACUUGAAUUGUUUGCAUUCAUUUGUCUGUAAAGUUAUGUGAAAUUAUUUGCAGUUUCCUGGAACAGGAAACAUUUUCCUAACAUUUUACAAGGUUGAUUUUAGGUUCAUAGGAUAAGUGAAGAAAUUCAUCAGUUUUUUCAUUAACUGUAAUACACUGCAACACCCAUAUAUAGGACAUGAAAAUUUAGCCACAAAUUAACAUAGGCAAGCAUAUCGUGCAAGAGUUAUUUUUGUGGCUGGAUAGGUUGCAGUGGGACACUUUGUGUACCUAAUGUUUUUAUUUUGAAGCAGAAAAAGACCCUAACUUUCAAACACUCAUGAAUAUCGCAUUACUUCAAUCACCUUAAGAGAAACAAAGAAAAAAACCUAAUGUAUCUGAACUCACACAGGUACUUUGUGGUUUAUUGUCUAUUUACUUUUAAGCAAAAAUAAAAUGCAUUGGUGCCACACUUACUGUUCUUUCCCUCAAAGCCAUUGUUUGGUCUUGUCACACAACGCCAUAUAUCCUCUGUUGGAGAGAGAGCAUGUUGCGUGAUGAGACCAAACAACAGUUGUGAAGCUUAUACUAGCAUUCCUCUAACGUAGAGAAAACAAAAAUUAUUUGUUUUCAGUUAGUUGCCUCAAAAAUAUAAUUCCACAUAAUUUUACAACGGAAAGCAAACUGAAACUCUGUUGUAUUUCCAAAAGACCCUAACUGAAGAUAUAUUGCGAUCUCAAAUAAGUAAAGAUACAUUGAACAAGAAAAAAAGAUUUUAUUUCAAAGAGGGCUCCUUGAUUGGUUGUUGCCUAUCUGGACUUUGCCCUCAGUGUGUGAAAUAAGUGAUAAAAUGCAGGUUGUUUACAAAGAAUUAAAAUGCAUGUUGGUUAACUCCAAGGUAGCUAAAAGUCAAUUUUAUUUGUAGAAAAAUUCAAAAUGCGGGAGAAUUGUGUGGAAAAUAUACUAAAAGUAGCAUUUAAUUCCAUGAAAAUUUUUUUUCAGUGGGGUAGGACAGUGCAGUAAGAAUAUGUGAUUAAAUGCUGGUUAUUUACAGGGAAAUGACAUGUUAUGUAGUGAAGUCCAAUUUGGAAAAAUAGAAUUUGAUUGGUGGAAGACAAUUGAAGCAUGUGAAAAGUUGCCUAAUGUUCAUAUAAUACAGUGAUUCAGUAUGUUCUGAUUGGACUUUGGAUGUUGUUGUCAUAGUGCAUGAUAGAAUGCAAGUUGUUUGGCAUGUGAGUUGCGAGUAAAGGAGCGAAAAAAAAACAUGUUUUAACUUAAAAAUGAUACAAAAAGUUAAAUGCUAACCUUUCAUAUUCCAAUAAAUCUUGGCCUUAAUUGUCAAGGCUCUCAUGAAGGCCACAAACCAUCACACUUAUCAAAAAAAAUUAGCCCUAAUUUAUUGUUUACGUCAUUCUUUGUGUGCAGCCCCCUGAUUCAUUUGCUAGGAAGUUGUGAUAUGAUUGGUGUAAGAUACAUACCCUUAUGUGGCAAUCUGAUUGGUGCAAGCAACAUACCACUCUACAUGCUAACAUAGAGUCUAACUAAUUAAUUAGAAAUUACCCGGUUAACUCGGUUAGAGUGGCCGCAGCCAGUGUUGCCAAAGGGUAUGGAUGAUUUGGGCAGAAAAGCAAGGUACUAGAGAGUUGAAGAAUUUGUUUGAUCCAAAGAAAAACAAACUUCUUACCUCGCAAUUUAAAGAAUAUUCAGAACAUCCAGGCAGCAACAUUGUUUACUUAUGUUACUUUGCUGAAAAUUCUAAGAUAGUUUUUACUUUGCCAGAGGACAGGAAAUCUGUGAUUUCUGGUGAUCUGUUGGUGGGCCCCUAUGAAAAUGAAUUUCUGGGGUUGGGUCAGGCAGGGAGGAUGGUUACAACUAGAACUGAAUUAUAACCUCGUGAUUCAGAGCAGCUGCCAUUUUAGCCCACCAUCUGAAAUUUCAAUGUUUUACCAGUACAUGAGAAAACCACUCAGAAUCCAUCAUGGUUUUAGUCUGGGUAGGCAAUUCACUCCCCAUAUGGACACAAACCAAUACAUGUGCACCCAGGUCUUGUAAAGAAAAAAGAAUGUACAGGUAACUCCUGAAGUAGGCAUCAAACAAAUGAUUUUAAAGUCUAUUAAAAUGGGCACAUUAAGAAUACAAUCCCUUUCUUAAAAAUUUGGAAUUACAUCUAAGCUUGUACUUCUUAUAGGAAUUUGACUCUGAGUUAAUCUUCUAUGCUGCUAGCAAAUGAAAUGAAAGUAGAAUUGAUAAAGCAUUUUAAAAUAGCUAAAGCUGGAGUAUGUGAGGGGAUGUUCAUCAAAUGGUUAGUGCAUUGAUUCGUAAUCAGUUGUCAUUUCCUGUAUGCCUGAAACUUCUACUUUUUGAGUUUUUUUUUUUUCUACGAAAAAAAACCCUCUAUGUUAGUGUAUAGAAUGGUAUGUUGCUCCCACCAAUCAGAUCUUGGCAUUAAUUUAUGUAUGUUGCACCAAUCAGAUUGCCACAUUUGGGUAUGUAUCUCACACCAAUCAGAUUGCUACAUUAGGGUUUGUAUCUCGCACCAAUCAUAUCAUAGCAUUUGAAUAUCUUGCACCAAUCACAGCAUUUGGUUGUUGUUUUCAUGUAAAUGAUGACAUGGAUCACAGGGCUAUGCAUAAAGGAUGACAUUAAUCAGAAAUACUGGGCUCAUUUGAUAAGUCUGUGCAAGAGCCUCAUUGAUGAAGGUCAAGAUUUAAUGGGAUACAAAAGGUAUGCAUUGAAAUUUUAAAGUUAAAACAGAUUUCCCACUCCUUUACUCACAAUGCACAUGCCAAACAACUUAAAUUCCAUCAUGUACUAUGAAGACAAAGUCCAAAAUCCAAUCAGAACAUACUCAAUCAUUGCAGUACAUGAACAUUAGACAAUUUUUCAUGUACUUGAAUUGUAUUCCACCAAUCAAAUUCCAUUUGACACAUAAGACUUCCCUGUAUCAUGUGUCAUUUUCUUGUAAACAACCUGCAUUUUAUCGCAUAUUCCAACUGCAUUGUUUUACCCCACUGAAAAAACUUCAUGUGGAAGUAAAUGCUCCUGAUAGUAAAUUUUCCAUGGAAUUCUCUCAUGUUUGACUUCUUCUUUGAGUUAAAGUUGCUGUAAGCUACCUUGGAUUGGACCCAAUUCUGUGUUAAUUCCUUGUAAAACAACCUGUAUUUUAUUGCAUAUUUCACACACAGAGGGCAAAGUCUAGAUAGGCAACAAUCAGUCAAGGAGCCCUCUUUGAAAUAUUAUCUUUUCUUUUGUUCAAAUUGUAUCCUCACUUAUUCGAGAUUGCAGUCUAUCUUUGGUUAGGGUCUAUUAAAGGUACAACAGAGUUUCAGUUUGCUUUUCAUAGUAAAAUUAUGUGAAUUACAUUUUUGAGGUAACUAACUGUAGAAGACCAAUUUUGAUAUUCUCUCUGUUGGAGGAAGAGCAGUAAGCAUAGUCUCUUUCACAACCAUUAUUUGAUCUCAUGGGGCAACAUGCUUUCUCUCAAAUGGGAAGUAGAGAGCCUUGUGUGAUGAGAACAAAUGACAGUUGCAAAGGAGACUGCACGUGGCACCGAUGCAUUUUAUUUUGACUUAGAAGCAUUCAGACAAUAGAGACAAAAGAUCACAAAAUAUCUGUGUUUCUGUCUUUUUAAAGUUACGCUCUUUUCAGUGCCAAAAAUGAAAACAUUAUAUAAGUUCACAAACUGUCCCAUCUCAAACCAUCCAGCCAAAAAACUGACUCUUGCAUAUUGAACUAAAUGUUAUGGAUAGUAAAUUUUCACACAUUUUAAAUUUUCCUCACAAUUUUAAAUUUUCCAUUCUCCUGCAUUUUGACUUUUUCUACAAAUACAAUUGGCUUUUAGCUGCCUUGGACUUAACCCAAUCGCGUGUUAAUUCUUUGCAAACAACAUGCUUUUCAUCUCCUAUUUCACACACAGAGGGCAAAGUCCAAAUAGGCAACAACCAAUUAGGAAGCCCUCUUUGAAAUAUAUCCUUUUCUCUUGUUCAAUGUAACUUCACUUAUUUGAGAUUGCAACACAUCUUAGGUUAGGGUCUGUUGGAGAUACAACAGCUAGGGUUUCAGUUUGCUUUUUGUAGUAAAAUUACAUGGAAUUAUAUUUGGCAACUUACUGUAAACUAAUAAUUUUGACUUUCUUUCUGUUAAAGGAACAGCAGUAAGCAUAGUCUCUUUCGCAACCAUUCUUUGGUCUCAUCAUGCAAUGUGCUCUCUCAAAUGGGGAAUAUAUGGCAUUGUGUGACGAGACAAACAAUGGCUGCAAGGGAAACAACAGUAAGUUUGGCACCAAUGCAUUUUAUCUCUGCAUAGAAGUAUUUAAAUAAUAGACCACAAAAUUCCUGUGUGAGUUCAGAUAAAUUAGUUUUUUUUCUUUCUCUUAUGGUAAAGUAAUGUGAUAUUUUCUUAGAUUUGUUGCCCCAGUCUUCAAAUGCUGACCCAAUUUCAGACCAAAACAUGCCAUUUUUAACACUUAGACCUCACAUUAGACUUAGCGUUUGAUUUUGAGUUGAACUUCAAGUUCUACCUGGAUAGUUUAAAUGAACUGAUUUGAUUCAUGUAAUCCACAUUACAUGAGUAAAUUCUGACAUUUAGUUAAUAAACCCAUACUUUCUAUCAGUUUACCAGUGUAUAUAAACCAUACGGGAUGUUGGGAGAACACAUUUAAGUUAGAGAAAUUUUGCAAGUAUUUUAUUUCAUUUCAUUUCAUGAAUGCCACUCAAAUUUAGCAAUUUCCUCAUUUCUUUCUACUACAAAAGACCAAAGGUAACUCUCAUAGAAAUUACUAUAGCUUUACAAGUAUUAUGAUUUAAAUUGUUGAGCACACUAAAUAUGAAUUUGCACUAAGAUGGAAUGAAGGGUUUGAGUUUCUUCAGGGAGAAAUGCAAUUCAGGCAAAGAAGAAAUGUUAAAACAAGUUCAUAGAAGAAACUGAAAUUAUUAAUGUGUACGACAUGACAUGGACAGCAUAAAUUGCCCACAUGCACCUCAGUAGUCCUAUCUAAAACAAUCUUGCUCCUCACCUUAUUCUUUGCCUCUUCAUUUUCAUGUGCUAAAUGAUACUGAAUGAAGGAAAAGUAGCAGGUGAGAUGAUAUUAAAGAAAAAAUAAAUACCUGACUGAUUGAAUGAUACAUACCUCUUUAAGUUAUGCACACUUUAUUUUGGCUUACCACGCAACAUUUCUAAUUUUCAUUUUACUUUUUUUAGUUUUUCACUUUUAUUUUGUUUUUAUUGCUAUUUUAUAAACAAUUUGAUUUUUUAAUUUUUCCAAAACUUUUCUUUUUGUGAUCUAUGGUGAUGCAGUCUGUGAUCUGGUCCAGUCUGAUCCAGAUUUUGUUGAGGCUGGUAUUUGAUCCUGUGUUCAGAAUUUGCUACAAGGUUUUCACAUGCUGUGGAACAGUCUUGCUUGUUAUCUGAUGAAAUAAUGGCUUAGUGAAGUCCAACUGCCUUUUUUGCUCCACUCUCGAUGACAUAUCCUAUUUAUACUAAACAAACAACUGCAAUUGAUACGGGGAUGCCUUUAAGAUGGUGGUGUGGUAGCCAGGUUGGCAGAACAGAAAAGUUCUACAAGUCAUUACUAGUCUGCCAAAAGCAAGGUGGAGUGAUUCCUUGAUGGAUGAAAGAUUGAAUUUUGAAUCAUUACCAAAAAUGAUAGCAUCCGUCCUUACUGAAUUUCAAACUUUUCCUUUUAUUUUCUUUCUGUAUAUAUUUUCUAUUUAGCUUCUAUAUUUUUUAAGGCUGAUGAAACUUUAAGAGAGAGCAAUGAAAUACGCCUUUACAACUUGUAGAAUCCCUUCAAACCUUCCUUCAUCAGAACCUCAAGCUCUCUGCUUAUAACUUGUCAUUGCACAAAAAGCAAAGUGUACUUUUGUCAAAACAGCCUCAGUCUAUAACUGUGUUGAAGCCUUGGAGGAGGGAGUUAUCAGUUUGCCACACACUAUGUAGUAGCAACUGUUAAGUUAAAAUUGCACUUUCCAGGUACAAUUUACAUGUAGUUUCUUCAAAGUAAUUAAUGGACAGAUCUUGUGGGUUCAUAUAUAUUCUGAAUAAUAAUUAAAUAAUAAUUAAAAGGGGGAGCAAAGGGACUCUAAGACAUUGUAAAGGCCAAUUUCAUUCCUGUGUCUUAAACUUUCAUUGGCCAUUCAUUUUAUUUUUGAAAUUGGUAGGAAAGUGAAUCAUGGUAAUGUGAUUAAAUGCUGCAUACUAAUCAAAAUUAUGUAAAUGAAUGAUCCUACUCAGAUGCAAAAAAAAAAAAAGUUAAAAAAUAAGAACACAGAUAAAACACUGUCACACUGUGUCACAUGCAUGCUUUCUUGUCUGCUAGAUUGAAAAUUAUGUUUUGGUGCUGCUGCUAACAAUAAAACACUUUGUUGUAGGUAGUUACCUGUUUGCUGGGAUUAGCAGUAGGAGAUCACUCAUUUACAAGACUGAAGCAGAUUUGAGCAGGAGCAUACUUUUGACAUCUGAUUCAUCUCUUAAAGUUUUGCAAGGUUUGAUAGUUAUAAGUUAUUUUAUUUUGAUGAACUCCAUAUACCUAAUAUCGAAAUACUUGAGUGAAGAUGAACCCUACAGUACAGUUUUCAGUAAGAAACAUUCUGUAGCUUCCUUCUUCACCUAUCCCACAUUUUGAAAUCUUAUAAUUUUUGGAAAUUUUCAUGUUACUACUACAGACAAAAAAGGGCCUUGUCAUAAUACUUGUGUAACCUUUGUAGCCUUUUCUUGAUCUCAGGUCAUAGUGGCAAGUUCUUCUGAAACAGCCUGUACAUGUAGGCAAUGAGUAUGCAAGUAGAACAAAUCAAAUUUUUAUUGCAGGUGUAGUGUUAGUAACAAUUUCUAGGAACCCUGGGUAGAUGAAAUUAUAGCUGACUUCAAAACCAUAGGAUACAGUAAUAAGAAUUAAAACAACCUUGCAAAGCAACUAAAACUAAUACUUGUAAAACAUUGUGCCUGUUGUGACCCCCUUUAGAUAGUUAAUAACUUGCAACAGCCACAAAACUUGCAUGGAGCCUUUUCUUCUAUCAGUUAUUUUAAGUGAGCCUUUGCAAAACUCUUAAAUGCAAUUAAACAUAAAAAUUAAGUAUAAACAGCAUUAGUGAAACACUUUGAUGAACAGAAUACUUACUUCAUAGGCAUGUCCCAUCGCAAAUAUGCUGUCCACUUAUCAUGAAAACCUUUUCCAAUUAUCUCUUGUGUUUUUAACAUGGCCAAUACAUGUACAUGACCAAACUCUUAAACUCCAAGCUAGGCCAAGUGCAGUUAACUAAGGGAAUUAAAAAUAAAAGACUCCAUAAAUGUGACUGAAAGCUAAUGACAGUGUUCUUGUGUAUGUUAUAUAUCAUAAGUCCUCUGUAAAGGGGGGGGGGGGAGCCAAGUGCAAAUGGUGUCUCACAUUGGUGGCAAAUUUUUGUAGCAAAUGGCAGUGGAAUUCAAUUUGACCACCUUUUUGAAACUUGUUUUUUAUAUCUUUUUUAGAUGCUGAUUUUGUAACUUCUUUACAUCAUAUAGACAACUUCAUUUACUUCUUUUUUAGAGAAACUGCAGUAGAAACAAGAAAGGUGAAUCCAAGUGUAUCAUUACUUUAGUAAAUGAAAAUAACCAAGUAUUUGAACAAUGGCUCAGUAGGUGAAGUAAAUCUUAAACAGGCUCAUUUUUAGUGUUUUUAGAGUGCAUAUUUCACAGAUCUACAUCAGAUCACUAUUUCACAUGAAAUCAACACAGAUGACCCCACCAACUCUUUAAGUAUUCCUGACAGUUUUUUGGAAAGUAUUUAUACUCCUGGGUGGAGAAAGACUCAAACAUUUUCCUUUGGAUCUGAAGGGCAUUUGGCUUACUGACCACUAGGCCAUCACAUCUUCCCAUUGUUGGUCUUGUGUUUUUGUUUUUGUUUUUGUUUUUGUUUUUGUUUUUGUUUUUUUGUUUUGUUUUGUUUUGUUUUGUUUUUAUUACUAUUUUCUGAAAAUUAAAAAAAAAAGAUAAUUAAUUAAUAGAAAGGUUAUGAUUAACUAAGUUCCAAGGAACCACCCCCACAACACAAAAUUGAGUUUGUCAUAAAUCUACCGCAUCUUGAACAUGUUAGUGACCACUUCUCAGCUUUCUCAGGGUUGGGUUUGAUAGACUUAACUCUCUGGUAACUAUGUGAUUGUUUUUAAGUGGUUGUUUAGAUGGCAUAUAAUUAUGGUAGUGCUAUUUUAUAAAAUAAAAAUCUCAAAGUUGCCAUUUCUUUUGUAGUUUAUUUAUAUUGUAAAAUGGCAUCAAUUACAAUUAGGUGAACAUUCAUUUGUUUAAAAAGAUCUGGUUAACUUAAUUGAAAAGUGAAACACCACUGAAAGCUAUCUGCAUGCUUUCUCCUCCAGGUCGUUUACUCAAGGGUGGCAAGGAUUUGUCAGGUACGUGCAUCAUGUUUUGCUAUACAGUGGUCUCUCUUGAUUCAUGUAUUAUUGCCUCUUUACUAACUUUUCGAAAAGCAUCCUGUCAAAAAACGGUUUCCUGCUCACAACUGCCAUUUUUCAGCAUGAAGCAUUUGGGUUUUUUGCUGGCAUUAAUCAGUUUGUGAUUGGUGUGAACAACUAAGCACGUUUUCAGAAAAAAGGGUGCGUAAAAUAUCAAUCAUUAUAGGUUUAUUUGGAAAUGAAGGGGUUUAGGUUUCUAUUUCUGUAAAAUUAUGUAACAUGAUAUUAUUGGGGCAAGAACUGAAAGGGAAUUAUUUUGUUUUUCCACUGACAAGGGAAUUGUGGUAGGCAUAGCACAAAUGAAGUUAAUUCCUGAUUGUAGUCCUCAGUGAACAGAAAUUAAAGAUCACUAGAUGCGUUUUGUCUUCAUCAUUUUAAAUAAAUUGGUGAUUUGUUCUGCUCUUCAACAGAAAGUGAAUUUUUUUUUUGUCAUUUAAAUUUUUAAAGGUUAUUUUUUUUCCUUUUACCAAAAGGAAAAAUUAGAGUGAGUUGCACAAAGGAAUGUUUUGCUUCUUUUUUGUUUCUUUGAAAUUUAACAUCCAUUUCUUCAUUAUGAUAUUAGGGCUUCAAGCUCACUUUUCUGUCAUCACUGUCAGUAAGAAAGUAAGUCUGUGACUGGGGAAGUUUUUGGAGCAACCUCAUGAAGUUAGAUGGGAGACACCCCAAGAUAUAUUUGCAUUCUUUCAAUCAAUUUUCACCUUUUAUGCGUGUACAUGGAUACUGCUCUGUUUGGUUUAUAUCUGACAUUAUUGCAUUUGAGCUUAAAAGAGGAACUGACACCAUAUAAAGAUUGUCUACAUUGUACAUCUGAUUUGAAAUGUAAGUCAUAGGAACAGUUAACCUUAUUGGCAGAUUGAUUAAAUUUAAGUAUCUCAUGUAAACAUUAGUAACUCAAUCUAAAAAAACGUCAGACACUGUUACAGACAAAAAUUAUCUUGUACCUUUUUAACAUAAUAAAACUGGUGGAUUUACUAACCUUAAAAAGACUGAAUAUUUUGAAUCAUUGCCUGUAAUGUUUGCCGUAAUAUAUAUGGUCAUUUCAUCUUUCAUUUAGGACUUUGUUUGAUCUUACUUUGGUAUUGUUCAGCAAGCACUUUUUUAAUUCCUGUUGGAUUUUUAAUAAAGUUUUACAUGAAAUUUGUGGCAGGAUUUCAAGAUGUUCUUGCAGAUGAUGAAUCUUUUUUUUGUAAAUGGCAAAAUAAGCGACCACGACUCCCUUGUAGACCUUUUCUUUUAAGUCAUCUGCUUGCAAAAGUGACAUUUUUUAUUUAAACGCAUGCACCUUCAUAUUAAAAUAUAAGUCAUGUUUAUUCCUGUCCGAAGACUUGACAAUCAAAUGCCUGUGGGUUACCUCAGGGGAAAAAAGAGGCAGUUUCACACACUCCAAAAUAAUUCUUUUAAAAAAGUUUUAAAGUAAUGAUGUAUAUUAAUCAUUCUAAACACGCAUGGCAGUGGUCUGUUAACAGAUGCAAACUGGAGAAAGCCUUGAAAACAAAGAUUAUGGUAACACAGUGCAAAUAUUUGGAUUUCCGCAUAAACACAUUUCACAGAUUUGCAGGAUAUUCUUUUGCACUGUUCAUGUAUACUGAAUGUGGAUUUAAGGGUUUAGUAAUAUACAGUAUAUGUGUAAAGUUGGAUGCAAAUGGUUAUUCUGGAUCUCCUUGUGAGUUUUUUAGAAGCUUUUGAGCAAUCUGAAAGAGGUGACAUCAAAAUUAUCUAGAGCAUCUUUAGAGUUCUCUCUGUCAACUUUUGCCUUUCGAUAACAACAAUUGAUACUGUUCCACUAAAUAGCACAUUUCAAGGACAAGAUAUUUUAUCAUGAUACAUAUGUUUGUAAAAAACACACACAUUUCCUUUCUGAGGAAAAUUGUUUAAAGGUGCCAUUUGGCAAUGUAAAUAAACAGUAAGUUAAUGACCAGAAAAAAAAGGACACCUUGUGCAGUUAACAUAACGCACUUUGCUGUCAAUCACUUGGCCUGUGUUGAAAUAUGCAAUAUAGUUUACAUUUGUAUGGAGGCUCAUACAACAUCUCAAGGUUGAAUACUCAACCAAGAAGAAAGAGGACAUUUUUUCAUCAAAGAAAAUGCUUUAUUCAUUACUUAGUUUGAAAAUCAAUCAUUGCUUACUUUCUUCAGAGUCCCUAUCACUGUCAUUGAAAUAUGCAUUGUCAAAGACUUUUGGGGUUGAUAUUGACAUUUAGUAGGUUUGUUAUAGGGGAUCCAUGGGCCAGAAAUAAUAUAAGAUAUUUUAUUACCUGUUAGAAAUGAACAUGAAAAAGUAAAUUAAACACUAAAUUUUUUUUUUCUCAUGAAAGCUACUCCUAACCAAAUGAAAUUUGCCCUUGAAAGAAGCAAAAUUAUGCUCCAUAUGCUGCUAGUGUGGAUUUUGCUUUCAACCAUGCACUUAAAAAAGUCUCACUCCUUUUCUCCACCCUUUACAUUGGUGAUCCAUUUGAAAAACAUUUACUGUCAACCUUAGUAGCAAGCUAGUGUGAUAUUCAAACUACUUUCUGUUUUUUAAGGGCAUCUUUUGACUCCCACUAGUUUUUGGAAUUCUGUGGACUCACACAUGUGUGGCCAGCCAGUUCUGGGUUGUGGUCAUUUUCUUUCUCAUUUGACCAGCCUGUCUCUUACCCUUAUUCAAACUCUAAUGCCAGGCUAAAGGGCAACUUAAAAUCAACAGUUUGGCAUUGUGGUAGAAAUUAAAAUGGCUGUGCUAAUAAUAGGGUAGGUUGAAAAACACCACAAGUACAUACACUGACUGUAGAAAGGCAUGCAAGUCAUGAACAGUAAGACAAUUCAAAGAAAAUGCUACACUAUAAUUAUAUCAUUUAGGCACUGUUGUUGUUGUUUUUUAGUAUGAUAAGGGAGGUGAUGGACGAUUGAAAAAUAAAUUCACUUCAUUUGUGAAAACCAGAAUAAUGUGCUCAGUCCCUGGAAACAUUCCAUUUGAUUACAAUGAAAUCCGUAAGUCUGAACAGGAGUGUUUUUUUCCUGUUUUUCCUUUGUUCAAAUGCAGUUUCUUCUAUGUUUUUGUAUUUUAUUUCUGAGAUACUAUUCAGCCAAACUGUUAGCAGUUGCUUUUACUGUGAGCAUUUCAUUGUUUGUUAUAUUUUCCCUUUCUAUUGUUCCUUUGUUUAGUACACCAGUUUGUAUGAUUGAUUUGGUGAUAAUAGAAACACUAUGAUUCAGGAUUAAUUAAACAUAUAUUGCUCACAACAACUCUUUUCAGCUUUACUUUUUUACACAUUUGACAAUGUGAUACUAUGAUCUCUUCUAUUAGAAGCAGCUGCCACCUACACUAACCCUGUGACAAAAGAGGACUAUUUUUAUGGAAUUUUUACCACUCCACAGUAAGUAACACUGCAUAUUUACCUUGUUGGUAUCAUCAACUGAGUUGAUAACGUAAAUUGUUGUUUUGGAAGCUUUCAGCAACUUUCUAACACCUCUCUGAAUGAAAAAUUGACAAAAAUCUCACUUCCAUCAACCAAAACAUUGUUAAAAACAGGAUUAAUGAUCUUAUCGCUGAACAAGAAUUGCCGGCCACUGUGACAACAUCUCACCAUCACCACCAUCAGAGCAUCAUGUACAUAUAUAGUACUAACAGUGUUUAUCUAUUUCAUAACUUACACUUAUUGCAAAAAGUUAUACCAUGCGCAAAAAGUCAUACAUUGGUGAAACAGGAAGACGACAAGGACACAUCCAAACCACUUGCUAGACACCUUAAUUUCUCUAUUCAUUCUAAGCAGCAUAUGGUUGUCUGCAGCCUUUCUCUACAUCUAGGCAGUUGGAAAGCCACAAAACUCUAGAACAAAAACUCAUUAUUAAAAUCAGCACUCUUAAUCCCCAGGGUAUCAAGGAAUGCUUUUCAUUCAACUAUUUUUUCUGUUUUUCUUGUUAUCAUGUUCCACCAAUAGCGUAGCUCCCUUUUUCGCAUAUAAACACAUGCACAACCCACAAUUUCUCCAUUCACUCUGACGUAGGGCUAAUGCUUGAAAUGUCGGCUUUGAAACUCUUAACAAUGGCCAGUUUAUGUUAUCAUUUCAGGUGAUAAUACCAAAUUAUCUUGUUGUACUCUCCCAUAUUCUGUUGUGAAUUGAUGGGUUUACUUUGCCACCUCCACAUCUAAUUUGCAGACCAAAAAUAGUUAAUUAACAUUAACAAUUAAGGAAAUAUUUAUAUUUAGUUUUCAAUUUCAGUGGUCUUUGUUAAUUAGAUUCAUCCUCUAACCAGCAGUUUUUUUUUUUUCUGCUUGUUUCAUGUGCUCUUUAUAAAUUCAUCAUGCAUGAAGUAUAAGUACACAUCGUCAGUUACUUCAAAUAAUUUUCACAUAACUUGGUGCUGAACUAAAAUCAUCAAUUAAUUUUGGACAAAUAAAACAACAGUAGUUCUUUUCAACCGCUUGUUAGAAAAUAAACUUGAAAAUCAAAACUGUUUAAACAGCAAGUAACACAUGUAAAUCAAAUUCAAAACUUUUUUGAAAAGAUUUUAAGUUCACAUGCAAAUGCUUCACCAAGGCUUAACUACUGAGAGAGAAACAAGAAUUAUUUGAUAACCUUUUAUUUGAAGAAAGGUAGAUUUGUGGUGAAAAGCGAAAAAGACCAUGUUCUUAUGGUUACUGCCAGAACUUAAUUAUGUUAGUGACUUUGUGUGAUAUUUCAUGUAACAACAAUUGUGUAUGAUAUAUUGUGAAAUAUGAGCUAUGAGAAUAGUUAAAAUAUAUUGGCUGAUUGAUUCAAUUAAUUUACCUUACAUAAACAUAGCAGCUGGAUGCAUCAAUAAUUACACAAAUUUUCCUUUUUUUUUUUUUUGUAAAUAAAACCCGAGGAAUUCGCUGUCACAUUUUUCAUUUCAUAACUAGAAAAAACAAAUGCAUUCUGCAUUUUGGGGCAGGAGAUUCAGAGGUUUGUUUCCAACUGCAAGUAGAAAAAAACUCUGUAAACAAAGAUCAUGUCAUUACAGUGCAAACACUUCAAGCACCUGUGAGUCAAACAGUGAUUUAUGAAUGAAAAACAAUAGAUCAAUCUUGCUGAGCCAGGCAAAGGAAGGUUUGGAUUGUAGCAUCAAAAUUAAACUGUGUGUGCAUACAGAAAUGUGUUACACACAAUAUAUUAUCCAGUAAUGCUAUUGUAGACUGCAUGUUGAAAGAGUUAAGUCUUAUGUGAUGGUGGAUAGUUACCAUCGUUUUGGAUCCUUCCAGCUGUGAAUUUUUGGAAGCUUUAAAGCAAACUCACAAAGUGAGACCAAAAUAACUGCAAGAUCGUUUAGAGUCUUCAGUCUACUUUUAAUACCUUCAUAAACAAGUUUUAAUGAAAUGAUUGAUAUUGUUUUAUCAUAAACCACAUUUCCAGCCCCCCAGAAAAGACUUUGAAUUUCCAAGAAUAUAAUUGGUCAAAUUUCAGUAACCAGUAACCAUAUUUGCUUUCAGAGGACUUUUUUCCAAAACUCAGGGAGCAGCUUUGCAUGUCAGCAAAUGGAAGAUUUUUGAAUAGGAAUAAAACAAUCAGUUAAACAAUUGUUAUAAAGGAGACUGAUAUUUAAUGAUCAUUUACCAAAGUUUAACGCCAAAAACUCCAUUUGAAGCCAGUUUAUUCUGAAUGGAACCAAUGGGCUAUGGAGUGAAAUUGUUUUUUAUUCCAGGUGGCACUUUACUGAGGUAGCCACCUUCUUAAAAUCUUAUUGAAAGCACUGUGUUAAGAAUCAGGCUACACCAUUUUUCAAGUCAGAAACUGCAAAAACAAUUAGGGGUGUUUGGUUUGGAGAAAUGCAAAAUUAUUCACUGAAACAAGUUAUAUAUACAGUAUGUCUGGAAGCUUUGGUCAUGUUUUUUGUUACAGUAUUAACUUCUUAUCAAAACUUGGUUUCUCUACUGUCUUCAAAGCCAUUUUAGAUGAUUUACUUUCAAUCGAUUCUGCAUGUAAAUCAAACAAAAACUUUUAUUCCAAUAGUCAUAUUUUAAUUUAAAUAAAAAAAAUGCACCUCAGUUAUAGUCACAACCAUGGUCAUAUUUCAAUCUGUAUCAACUCACCCCAAGCCUUGAUCCACCUGUGACUGAGAGCAUUUUGGAAGUCUGAACUGAGAAUAGCCUUAUCUACAUAUGAAAAGAUAGUGGAGGAUGGGAAAGUAUGGCAGCUACUACAUAAUAUCUAACUAGGCAUUUUAGAGUUUACUAUUGUUGAUUAUUUUUUAGUUUUUAUUUUAUUGCAGCUUGACUUGACAUGGGGACUGCACCUAUUUAAGUUUCCAUAAUUUCAUCUUGGAAACACUUACAACUGGCUGCUGAGAGCCAUUUUGUUGUUCUUUAUGUAUUCACCACUUAGGGUAGUGAUGACAACAUCAUACAUGGUUGAUUUUACUCUGGUAUUGUUCAACUUUGCUUUGGGUUAAGUUACCACAGGGAGUUGAAAUUUUGUAGGAUUUCAGUGAUCAAUACACUUUCGGAAGGGUUACCGUGCACAGUGUGAAGAACUGGUAGUUUUGUUUGUUCAGUGGGAAAAGCCUCACAACCAGUCACACUUUUGUUGUAGGCUAGGAGUCCUGGGCUCAGCAGUUUGUUCUUACAGUGUGAAGUCUCUUCAAGAAUUAUUUGAUAACAGUCCUUACUUAAAGGAAACUGGCACUAAAGGUUUUGAUGGAACUUCCUUGUGGGUUGAAGAGGUUCCUGUAAAUUUGUCAGUGGUUCCUGGCAGACCAAAGGUGUGUUAAAUUAUCUGAUUAGGGAAGACUUAGUUUCCUAGAACUAAAAAUAAUUCUAUUAGAUGCCACCUUCUGGAUUAUUUAAUAUUUUUGUGACUUUUGUUGUAGAUUGUUGCACUUCUAGUAUAGGUUCAUGUUAAUUUAGAAAGAUACAUGUAGCAACUCUGAGUGUGGUCAGAUAGGGGGAAAUUUAGCAUCCCUGAAUGUUUUUGUUCAUCAAAUUUGAGAGUGCUUGCAUUCCAAUUUCAAUAUUCAUAAAAUUCCUGUGGUGUAAUUUUUUGGACAACAACUUUUUAACCAUGACAUGGCAUGUUCUCCACAAGAAAACCACCCAGUUUUGUAGCUUAAUUGUUAGUAGUGCCUAAUUGGUAUCUUGGAGGCAAAAGUUUUGAAAACCCUUGAAGCCAGAAUAUUUUCAGGCCUCUUUUCUGCAGUUGCUUAGAUUGCAGUUUCCUUGCAAGGAUCUUUUCUUGACUUCGUCUGCCGUUCAAUUCAUGAUUUAUUUCAUUAAAAUUGUUUGCAGAAUUUUACACUUAACUUAUUUUAAUAAUUGAUCAUUUCUUUUAGUGCGAUGCACAGCUGGAUACCAAGAGGUAUUCCUGGGAAAUCACCAAGUUUGCUUCUGACCAUCCUCUCUUGGCUGUUCCACUUAUGCCAAGGCCAUUAUUUAAGGCCAUGAGACCCCUGUUUACCACAGCAGGCAUAAGGUAAUACAUGUUGUUUUUAGUCUUGAGUAUUGAAAGAGAAGCUAAAAUUUUUUUUUCAUUUUGCAUGUUUUAUUAAAAUAUCCAUUUAGCCUGAGACUCCUAUUAAUUGAUAUUCAAAAUGUUGUGAUACCUGGAGGUAUUUGUUUAAAUUUUUUUUAAAGUAGCCAUUCCUUGUAGUUUUAAUUAUCCAGCUGUGCCUUUUUUUUCUUUUUGUACAUGUUGUAUGCUUUGUAUUGUUUACUGCAUGUCAACCAAGAAUGAGGUUGUUAUGGGAGGAUUUCAAACCAUGUCUUUGCCAUGUUGACCGAGGAAUACAGUGAGUUCGAUACAAUUAAGGCAAGGUCUGAGAUUUUCUUUAAACUAUGAAAUUGUCAAAGGGAUGUUUACGUUUUGGCUAAAGAAAAACCUCAUAAUGGAAAGUUUCUUGUGGUACUAAGCAAGUACUUUACAUGUACACCGUAUAGUGCCUGUGCUUACCUUUUCAUUUACUGCAGAAUGGAAUGUAUGUCUUAUAUAACGGUUUUUCUGACUUUUGAAUCCUAUUUAUUUACUUAAUUUUUUUGGUUUCUCUUCCAAUACUUAUAAAUGCACUCUAUCUUUUUUUAAAUUUUUUUCUAUUUUCUUUGAUACACCUUUGAGAACAUAUACUCUAGGGUGAGAGAAGAAAAUAGAUUAUAUUUUGCUGUGGGUAACGUACGGAUUACACUCUUGGCUGUGCCUCGGGUGCCUCACAUUUUGUUUUUACCACAUUUUGACGUCAUAAUUAUAUGAUUUAUAGUUACUACAGGACAAAGUUACUUCCAACUUCCAAAACAGUAAGACUUGAAUCACAUAACAUGUGCAUCGCUUAACGAAGUAGUUUGUUCCAAUGUUUUGUUUCAUGGAACCGAUCAAAGAAAGUACCACUACUUUGUGCAACACCAGCCAUCCUGACUCCAUGUUUUCUUACUCUCACGGACACUUUUGAACUAGAUCUUAUAUUUGUUAUUCCAUUUUACUAAAGCACCAUUCACUUUGGUGAAACCAGUUUAUUGCAGAUAAGAGGCCAAUCAGGAUCAAGUAAUCAUGCUCACUUCAAUGCCCAAAGUGCCCUCAUGUUUGAGAAAAAUGCCCUCUGCCUCAGUCAAUCAGCAGUCAAUUAUUUUGCCUUGAGUGUAAUAAGGUGAUAAGUCUACAGAAGUUUGAAAAUUAAUGUAGUUGUAAUUUGUUGCAGGUUUACUCAGCUUGUUGUGGACAAAGCUUACGGUGACAAUGGGCAGAUUGUUCCUGUUAUGUUCAUUUCCACAGGUGGGUAACAGUGUAUUGCCGCGCAAAAUUACUAGAUGUGUUUAAAUAUCAGCGGUUACCUGGAUGUGGAAGUUAAUUUAAUAGGAAUUGUAACAAAGAUAGAGUGGAAAAUUAAUAUCGAGAUCUGAGGAGUGACAGGCUUAAGUGUGUAUCGUGUACAGGAUUGUCUUAUGAAAACAUAGGCAUACGUAGCAUGCAGGGGUUAUUUUUUUGGCCGGGCGGGUUGAAAUGGGACACUUUGUGUACCAAAUGUUUUUAUAACAGAAAAAGAGCAUAACUUUGAGACGGACAAAAAUAUCGCAUUACUUCACCUUAAGAGAAAUAAAAACUAAUUUAUCUGAGCUCACACAGGUCUACUGUCUAAAAACUUCUGAGCAAAAAUAAAAUGCAUCGGUGCCACACUUACUGUUGUCUCCCUCGCAGCUGUUGUUUGGUCUCGUCGCACAACGCCAUAUAUUCCCCGUUUGAGAAAGAGCGCGUUGCGUGAUUAGACCAAAUGACGGUUGCGAAAGAGACUACGCUUACUGCCGUUCCUCCAAUAGAGAGAAAAUCAAAGUUAUUCGUCUACAGUUAGUUGCCUGAGAAAAUAAUCCACCUAAUUUUACAACGGAAAGCAAACUGAAACCCUGUUAUAUCUCCAAUAGACCCUAACCAAAGAUAUAUUGCGAUCUCGAAUAAGUGAAGAUACAUUGAACAAGACAAAAGGAUAACAUUUCAAAGAGGGCUCCUUGAUUGGUUGUCACCUAUUUGGAUUUUCCCUCUGUGUGUGAAAUACGUGAUAAAAUGCAUGUUAUUUACAAGGAAUUAACACGCGAUUGGAUUGUCCAAAGUAGCUGAAAGCCAAAUUUAUUCAAAGAAAAACGCGGGAAAAUUGCGUGGAAAAUUUAGUGUCAGUGGCAUUUACAAGGAAACGACACGUGAUGGAGCGAAGUUUAAUUUGACGAAAUGGAAUUUGAUUGGUGGAAUACAAUUCAGGCACGUAAAAAAAAAGCCUAAUGUUCAUGAAGUUAAAUGAUUUGGUAUGUUCUUAUUGGACUUUGGACGUUGUUUUCAUGGUACACGAUGGAAUGUAAGUUGUUUGGCGUGUGAAUUGUGAGUAAAGGAGCGAAAAAGAAAACGUUUUAACUUAAAAAUGAUACAAAAAGGUUAAAUGCGAACCUUUCAUAUCCCGAUAAAUCUCGACUUUAAUCAACGAGACUCUCGCGAAGGUCACAAACCAUUACACUCAUCUAAAUUAGCCCAAAAUUAAUGGCUUGUCAUUCUUGGUGCACAGCCCACUGAUUCCAUGACAUCAUUUGCAAGAAGGCUGUGAUAUGAUUGGUGCGAGAUACAUACCCUAAACGCUUUGAUGGGUGCAAGAAAUCCAAAUGCUGUGAUAUGAUUGGUGCGAGAUAAUACCUUAAUGCGGCGAUCUGAUUGGUGCGAGAUAAUACCCAAAUGCGGCAAUCUGAUUGAUGCGAGCAACAUACCACUCUACACGCUAACACGGAGUUAUUUUUUUAAUAAUAAAAAAUAAUAACUCAAAAAGCAUAAAGCAGAAGUCCGAGUAGGACUGACUGAUUGUCAUAGAAAAUUAUGUUGUGGCUUCAUAUCCGGCUCCUGAGCAAUCUUUUGCUGAAUUUUCUGAUCGGAAAUAAAGAGACAAAGUAACUUGCAAACAAGAAAAAUUGAAAUAGGACGAUUAUCUAACAGCACCCAUAUUACUUAGUCUACUUACAAUGUAGCAGUUGUACUAAUCUUUUGUUCUGCUGUAUCAAUAAUUUUUCACUACUUACCUUAUGACUGAUAAUACCAACAAUACUUUCAGCCAUAAAUAGCCAAAGGUAAACAUUCGACCUCUUCGUCUGAUGAAGACUAGAAGUAUAGGAGUCGAAAAGUCGUGAUCAAUACAAUUGACAGCUUGACUCUAUAUCGCGAGACAAACGAUUAACUGUUAAUUUAUAAUGCAACGGCACCCUAAUAACACUUACAGACCUAAUGGUACUUACUAAUGGUGCUCAUCUGUGUUUCUAAUAAAAGUACUGGCCAACUCGUUGUGGUGUUGUUUGCCAGUACCUAGCUUAUUGGUCCUUAUGUUCCUUUCCUUUUUUGAAUUACUUAAUUGAUGUAAAUAUUACGUCUGUAGACAAUGGCACGGUAAUCAAAGUGUUCAAUAACAUAUCUGGUGAUGGGAAUGCCAUCGUUGUGGAGCAAGUGAGACUUUUUGAGGUAUGUGUUGAGGAUUGCAUGUAUACUUAAGACUAGGCUGAAAGGAAUAAGAUAGAUUGAUAUUGAUCAACAGGUGCCUAAUGCAACUCCAGUAUGACAUUACAGUAUAAUUAGGGAGUUGUCCAGUGUCGAUUUUGGCAUAGUAAGCAUUAAGUUUUCUUUUCCACUGAGUAAAAACCUAAUAUGGUACCUAUGAGGUU